CGUAGUUCAUUAUUUUGCUUACUUAAAAAAAUGCAAUCCAUAUCCAUCCUUUUCUUAAAGCAGUAUCGUGUGUAUUAAUAAAAAUGUGAAAAUAAUCCAACUUCAACCAUAACAACACUGCUAUUGCAUUACUGUUAAUAAAUUUUGCCCUCUUUUUUAAUACGACAGACUGGCACACCUAACACAUGUAGAAGAAAAGGUAGCGUGUAAUAAUGGAUGCUUCGGCAUCACCACAAGUUAAUGCCGAUUUUCAUAAAGUGUAUGGUUUUUUUCUGGAGAUAGAGAAUUCCACGUUUCCUAGUUCUAAACAGAGGAAUACAGUAAUAAAGUAUACCAAACUGCCUGAAUUUGGAUUUGACUCCAAGGGGUCAUGGCCACAGAACGGUUACAUGUCUCAGCCGCGUUUACGGCGCGUCGUAACAGUGGACGAACCAGACAUAAAAACAAGUUGCUCACUUAGAAGUGAUGUGGUGGCUUCGUCCAAAAUGAUGGCCUCUAAUUUUACUAAGAGGAAAAUUGUUACUAUCACUGAAGAUGACGAAAAUGACCUACAUCCUAAAUUCUCUAGAGAACGAAGAUCGUCAUCUGUAAAAACAUCAAAUAGAUCAGUUGGUACAGAAUUUAAGGAGGAAAAGCAAUUUUCACAUAGAACUACUUCAAGAUUGACAAGUUCUUCCAAAUACUCCAAGGAAACUAAAACAAAUGUAAAAUCAAACAGUGUACAAAGUAACAGAAAGGAUAUAAGUGUCGCAAACUUGAAUUACAGGAGCAAAUAUUCAAAUAUGAAUCAAUCCACACGAGAAAAUACUAGAAACAAAAAUCUAAAGGGAAAAGAUCCUACUUAUAAUUCGCGGACGGCGUUUGCAUCGUCUAAAGUUAGUAUAAGUAAAAAUAUAAUUACACCAAGCGAAAGUGAAAAAGAAGUCUGUUUAUUGAAAAGUAAAUUACUAGAGAAUUUGAAAAGUAAUAUUUCUACGAAAACUGUAGAAAGAUCCCGAGUAAAUAGAUCGCCCCCUUCAUCACAAAAUAGAUCAGAACAAAAGCUUAUGAAAGAAAUUAAAAAUAGAAAUAAGGCACUAACUAUAAUACAUGUACCUUUAGAUGAAAAGUAUAAAAAACGUGAUUGUUUUGUAUUAUCGCAAAAUAGCAUACAUCCAACAUCUGACAAUGUUAAGCAAAUACACUGUGGCACGGAAACAGAAAAUAUAGUUUCUUGUAAAGAUGUUAACAUUGGAACAAAUCCAUUGCCAGUAACAUUAGAUCAAAUGACUGAAAUAGAAUCUCAUGAUUUUAAAAUCAUAAAUAAGUUAAUUGAAUGUGGUAAUGUACAGGAGGAAACUAUAAAAGUGUUUGAUAGUCUUGAAAUACCAAAUGUUACCCUCACAAAAGACAGAAGUGAAUCCAAAGAGAUAGUUAAGCUUUAUAAUAGUAAAUCGCUGCCAAAUUUACAAGUGCCGUCUCUAAAAAUGACUCCCAAUAAAGAUGUAUAUAAUGAUAAAGAGUCAAUGUUCUACAAAAGUUCUUCAUUCAUAAUUAGUAGCGCCACAGUAACCUGUACGACAAGACAAAAAAUAAAUUUUCAUGUUGUCAGCAGCAGUAGUGAUGCUUCGAAUAUAUCACCGAGUCCGAUACCGUUAGCUUAUCCUAUGAAUGUUGUGUCAGUCUAUAAAAAAGAAAUGAUGAAAAGUGAGUUAAAUGAUUUCAUGCAGGACGAAACAUAUAAAAAAAAGGAUAAAACUAACAUUGACUACACUGAUUGUAUCAAUGAGUUGAAGUCCCUUAAUUGUUCUUACGUUUUUAAUAGCAGUAAAUUGGUAAAACCAUCUGAUAUAAUCAGCACAAUAAGAGUUAAUAAUGGUUUAUUACAAAGUGACUACAUUUGUGAGCAGUUUCAAAGGGAGCUUAAUUUUAUAGAUUCGUUCUUCGAAUCACUCCAAUAUUUGGAAUCAUGUUCAUUGUCCAAUAAGUGUUUGUCAGAAAAUAAAGUUGAAAACUGGGUGAAAAAUAGUGGAUUCGAUGUAAGGAGUCCUGAGUACAGUUCCUUUUUGUCGAGACUUGAAAAUGAAAAUAAUGUUGAUGAAACAAUGGCAUCCAAGAGUCUUUGUUUGCUCAACUUGCUCAUUCGCGAUGAACAAAGACGAGCGAAGAAUCUUUUGUUUGUACUUAAAAUGCGAGAAGAUGCUCUGAAGGACUACACUAAAUCCCAAAUACUCUGGUUAGAAGAUAAAAAGAAACAAGAAAAUACUGAUAUAUCUACAUUGAAGAAGAAACAAAGAGGUGCACUCUUAAAACUUCAACACGAAUGUGGGGAAAUGCAAAGAAUGCGUAAAGCGCUUGUGGCACUCACGGAAAAACGUAAAGUGGCACUUAUGAAAACAAAAAAAAAUAUAGAACUGAAAUUGAGCAGUAAUGUUGACGUCGAUCAAAUACUGUUAGGAAAAAAGAAAUUGAAGAGAAACACAGGAUCUGAUCGUAAUAUAGCACCUGUUAAGUGUUUUGAUUUAUCGAGUAGCGGUUGCGAAGAUAGUACGACGUUCCGGUCUAAGAUCGAUAUGCCAUUGGCAGUUCCUGAAUCAGGCGCUAUGGCUACAAAUGCUACAAGUGCAGAAAAGAGUAUUCAAACUGGUGAUAGUAUUUCAGCGACAGUUCUUGUUGAUCAGUCUACUGAUAUUGCAGCAGAGAAUUUCGUAGUUGUCGAUGGAAGCUACCUUAAUAUUCUGUUUCAUAAUUUGUCAUUGCCAAAAAUUUUCAGUCAUGGUAAACAAUAUGAAGUUAAUGAGGAGGCAUUGAAAAAUAUAGUAAACUCGACAAAUAAUAACCAGAGUAAUUUGAAUGAGACAGAUGUCGAGAAAUUUAUAGAUCAAAUAAAAAAUCCAGAUUUGGAAAGCAGUACACCCUCAACUGCUCGAAGUCUAGUGGAAGAGUUAGAUCAGUACUAUAAAGGUUUAACUGAAGGAGAAAAGUCACCAUUAGAUGUGUCUGAGCACGAUUAUAAUUCUAGUGUAUUGUAUGAUUUGAAAGACAGUUUAGUACAAGUGACUGAUUUAAAUAUAAAUCAUUGUGAGAAUCGCAGUUAUCAGAUUCCUUCUACCAUGACUAGUAAGGGUACGGAGAUUUUGCGAAACGCUAGUAACAUGGUGUAUGCUGAUAAAUCAUGCAUAUGUGACAAUUCUGUAUCUCCUGAAGAUGGAGAAACAGUAAUGAUGAAUCAGGGGCCGUUGCCGAUUCCCGCUGGUGGCGCUGCUGUUUUUGACUCCCACUCUCCAGACACACCAUUGUGGCUAAUGCCUAAAUCAUCGGCAUCAUCAGUCUCAACAGAGGGCACCAGCAUAAGCAGUCAACCACUAUGUGCCAGUGGGUCGUCUGUAUCACCACUCACCUCGCCAGUACACUGCGAGGCUGAGGAACUGCGCCGACAACAGUUAGCUAUCGAGAGAGAGAUUAAAGCAUUAGAACAGCAGCAGUGUCAACUUUUAGUUGUUCGUGAGAUACCUGAUAAGCCUCCACCACCAUACACUCCGCCCACCGAAUCGAGAAUGUCUAGAGUGCCACGUAUGUUUUUAAUUGACGAAGCCACUGGAGACCGUAUACAGCAGUACAUCACAGACCCUAACAUGGAAUCCUUAGACAAAAACGAACCAUUUGAUGUUUUUGUUCACGAUUUCUGCCAUGAAGCACUCUACAGGCAGAAACUAGAACAAAGCGAGAAACCAUGGGACUCGUGCAAUUUAUUACCUCAAAAACCACAAGUUGACACAGAAAAAUUAGUAAAUAAAACUUCGUCAGAUUUAACGGAGGCUUUGACUGGCGUGGCGCCUGCAGUUGUGUCAGGCGUGGCGUCCCGUCGCUCAGACCAUAUUGACGACAUACUGUUCGCGGAAUGGCGACGGUGCGAACCCGAGUGGACCGCCCUCCACGUAGACGAAGCCAUUGUGAAGAAUCAGCUUUUUGAGAGCAUCUUCCAGAAGAUACUUACUGAGACUAUAGACGAAUACAAACGAACUGUCCAGUGUAACAAGUGAUGUGACAUAUAGAAGUGUUGUUAAGGUUUGCUUUGGAAAAUCAUGUUAAAAAAAUUGCUGUGCUAUACUACUUAAUAAAUUAUAUUAUUUAAUAUGUUAAUGA